AUGCGGUGGAGUUUGGCGUCGGUCGUUCUGGCGUACCUGGGAUCCGUGUUUGGGUACCACAAGUCACGGGCGUUCGAUAUGAGGUAUGGGCCGGCUCCGGAUUGGACACAGUCGCCGUUCCUCAAUGAACGUAGUCAGCUAUACUUCUGGUUUUUUCCCUCGACCGACCCGGUGGCCCGUCAAAACAAGGAGAUCCUGAUCUAUCUUAGCGGUGGACCGGGAUGCUCGUCCAUUGGUGAGCUUGUCCAGAUGAACGGCCCCAUCUCCUGGCUACCGGGGACAAACCAGCCCAUCCCGAACAGAUGGAGCUGGCACCACCUCACCAACGUCGUGUGGGUCGACCAGCCGGUCGGGACGGGGUUCUCGCAGGGCACCCCCACGGCAACCAAUGAGGUGGAUGUGGCCGAGCAAUUCCUGGGCUUCUGGCAAAACUUUGUCGACACAUUCGCCCUGCGGGGCUAUCAGGUGUAUGUCACGGGCUCGUCGUACGCGGGCAUGUACGCGCCCUUCAUCACGAGCGCCAUGCUCGACUGGAACGGCACAGCAAACUUCAACGUCUCGGGCAUGGCCAUCUGGGCGGGCCUGUACUCCAAGAUCCCGCUGACCAUGGAUAUACCGGCUGCCAGGUACGUCGACAAGUGGAAGAUGGCAUUCCCGCUCAACGACACGUCCCGGGCCGGCAUUAAGGCGAUCGAUCAGCGGUGCGGAUUCACCGCGUACCUCGACGAGUUCCUGGUUUUUCCGGCCAAAGGACCACAGCCAUCGACCCUCCCGGGCGAAGACCCCGCGACGGGUUUGGUUCGACCGGAGUGCGCCCUCUACGCCGGCGCGUGGUUAGCGGCACACGAGCUGAACCCGUGCUUUACUCUCUUCGACGUCACUUCUCGUUGCCCCAUCCUGUUCGACCCUCUGGGCCUCGCCAGCGGCAGAUACAUCCUCCCGGCGUCGUUCAACACCUCCUACUUCAACCUCCCUGCCGUCAAGGCCGCGCUCAACGCGCCCCGCAACAGCACAUGGGCGUUUUGUCCGAAAGUCUUCUCCAACCCCGUCUUCGUUAACGGCGUCGACACCUCCCUGAGAGCCGGUCCCGGGAGCCAGCCAGCCAUCCCGCGCGUCAUCGACGGCACGCGCAACGUCAUCCUCGGCCACGGGUCGCGCGACUUUCUCAUUCUGCCCGACGCCACCCUGCUCACCAUCCAGAACAUGACGUGGCAGGGGCAGAGGGGAUUCCGGACGCGCCCGCGGAGCCCGCUGUUCGUGCCGUACCACGACAACCGCGACCCGUUGACGGCGGCGGGCGCGGGCGUGAAACAAAGUUGUGACGAAGGAGAGUAA